AUGACUGAUGCCUACAAUUCAGUAAUGGAAAAGGAAAUGUCAUCAUCACAGGCAGCUAAGUAUUAUGGCGUCAAUAAGAAGUCGCUGUUAGUCAGAGUCCGGGGAGAGAUUCCUGUCAAUGCUCAUGUUGGGAAUCAGACUGCAUUGCCUGCUGUCUGUGAGGAGGAGUUAUCAGAGUGCCUCAAACUCCUGGCUGACUGGGGUUGGGGUUUCAGCAAAGAAGAAGUUAAGGAUAUCGUAAAUGACUUUGUGACAAAGUCAGGCAUUGAAACACCAUUUAUUGAAGGUCGUCCUGGACGCGAAUGGCUGGAAAAUUUCCUAAAGCGCCAUAACGAUAUUGUUCCUCGCAAGACAGAACAUCUUAGAGUGAAGGGCCUCCCUCAGCAGAUUUUCAACGUUGAUGAAAGUGGCUUUGUGACGGACCCCAAAUCACAGGUCGUUCUCGCCAGAAAAGGGUCCAAGCGUGUCAAUCAGAACAUUGGAGGAUCAGGUAGAAAACAAAUAACUGUAAAUUGUGGAGGUUCAGCUAGUGGUCAGGUUUUACCUCCUUAUGUGGUGUAUCAGGGCAAGAACCUCUACUUGGCUUGGACUGAGGGUGGACCAGAUGGAACGACUUUCACGACGAGUGCUAAAGGAUGGAUGGAAGGACCUCAGUUCCUUGACUGGUUUCAAAAGGUGUUUCUGAAAAACACUGAACAUUUGUCUUCAAAUCCAAGGGUGUUGAUAUUUGAUGGCCAUGCAUCUCACCUUUCACUUGCUUUAAUGGAAGCAGCCAAGAAGAACAAAAUCAUUCUCCUGCGACUUCCUGCUCAUCUGACCCAUCUCCUGCAACCAUUUGAUCGUGCUGUUUUUCGGCUAGUAAAAGCAGUUUGGCAAUCCUUGCUAGUGAAGUAUGCCCGGACACACACAGGACCUGUUUCCAAGGCACAUUUCCCUGCAAUGCUGAAGAAACUGUAUGAAAAAUCCUUUGCUUCGGACAUAGUGAAGGCAGGAUUCCGUGCCACAGGAAUAUUUCCUUUUAACAAGAAUGCUGUUCCGUUAGAAGGUAUGGCAAACAGGCAUGGGCCCAUGUUAGCCACGAGUCAAGCGAAUCUUCAAAUGGAAAUAACCCAGCUGUUUCUCUCGCAACUGAGCAUACUUCUAAUGCAGUGA